AUACCAAAUAUUGCGCCAGAUAAUCCGAUGAACUUCCCUUCACAGGAAAGAAGAAAAAAAUGCAGAUUCAAGUGAAGUGCAGCUGCGGCGAAGAGAAUUGCCCAGAGUGGGCAAUAGUCGAAUUGCAGGGUGUAAUCGAAGCUCAACCCUUCGUUCAAGAUCGUCUCCAGAACCUUGAAAUCGGAUGCCUUUGCCAUACUUCCUCUGAGGGUAAGUACACAUUCACUGUUGGGUAUCAUGAGUUGUCGGGAUCAAAAGUACCCUUGAAGAAACCAUUCUUAGUUCUGAAGAAAAAGAAAGUGGUGAACGUCGAGCUAGAGAAGAAUGAUUCUUCUGCUUCAUCAAAGAUAGAACUGGAAAUCGUUGGCAUCAUUCGUCAACGCAUUUUGUUCAAAACCAGACCAAAGGCCCUGAUAUCAAAACCAAAGCUGUCAGUGAAGGAAAAGAUCACUAGGCCAUGUCCCAUAGUCAACUGAAUCAGCAUAGAAAAUGAGCUACCAUCUUAUCUGAAGUGAGGGGGUAAAUAAGUGAAGUAAGAUUGCUUGAGGCUUAACUGUAUAUUGAAGCUGUAUUCUGAAGAACUAUAGGUGAUGAUUCCUCAAGGUUGGGAUCGACGGCAGUGAAUGGGAAAUUAAUAUGAUCAUAAAGCUACUUCAAUUCAACUAUCCAAGGUCUGCAGUAUGAAUAUCCUUCCGUAAGGUUUUACCUGUAAGCAAGACUGGAUUUGUAUCAAAUCGCACGUGAUAAACACAGUUCUUUUUCUUCUCUGAAAUAUUCCUAUGGUAGGGAAAACUUGUGUUACAGAACAGGUUGAUGUAGGGCUAGAGGUAGUACUUGCACUGAUCAAAUAGAGACUUCAGAAUCCUCCCUUGAAAUUAUUUUUAUCUGUGA